UGCUAUCAAUAUAUUGUCUUGAUAAUAAGAUUUUAAAUUUUUAUGAGCAACAUAUACCAAGUUUAAGAUUAUUAUCAUUUUGAGGCAUUAUUUCGCCUUUACCUUUGCAAAAUGUCUUAUCACAAAAAUAAAGUGGAGAGAAAUGCGAGUAUCGUUUGCAGUUCGCAUUUCAGAACAAUUUAUAUAUGUGUUGCUUGCGUGAUUUUUUAAGAAGAUAAAUACAUAGACAAGAGUCCUGUACAAAUUUCAUGAGCAAGAAACAUAUGUCGAAACUAUAAAACAACGUGACGUGCAACAAACAAACAAAAUGUCUCUGCAAUCGUGGAUGCAUUUACGAUACAACAUCGAUAUACCAUGGAAAAUGUUUGUCAGAGAAUCCCCCAAUAUACGAGACAAAUCUCCAGAAAAGCAUAUUCAUCAAUUGGCUUUCCAAGGAAAUGACGCAAAAGUUGCUUAUGAAGAAAUUAUACAAUCUUGUAAUAGCAAUGUUACGACAACAAGAAAGUAUUUAAAAUCAAGAAUUGUUGGUGACCAAAGCAACUCCAGUAUAAAUUCGAUUUCUAUUGAGCAAUCAAAGAAGACUACAAUUUCUGAAGAUGUUUUAGCACAAGUCACAAUCAAUACAUUGUUAAAAGCAGUGGAGCAAAAAGAUUUAAAAUUCUUACAAAAGCACAUGACAUCGGAAAAUGUAAAUGUAUCAGAUGACUUUGGUUGGACUCCUUUAAUGUCUGCUGCUUAUUGUGGUCAUUUGGAAAUAGUGCGAUUCUUAUUGAAUCUUGGAGCUAAUAAAAAAACUAGGGACAGAUCCGGUCUUACUGCAGCUCAAUUAGCUUUAAAAAAAAAUUAUUUAAGUAUAGUUGCGUUAUUGAAAAAGAAAUCUGAUUCAUUGAGCAGUAAUAAUCAAAUAUCUACAAGUUCUCCAAAAAUAAGCAAUACAAAUGCUUUAUCAACAAGAUCAAUGCCUACAGAUUCUUCAAUAGAACAGGAUAAAGAUAUUUGCAAUGUUCUAGAACAGAAAGCGCAAUUUGAGCAGAACACAGUAUUUUACUGUGAAAUUUGUAAAACAACCUUUCAGGAAACAACUUUACAAAAACAUGAAAGUUCUACUCUGCAUAUCUUCAAUACGAAACCAAAACUGAAGCAUGCAAUGUAUGGAAUAUCAAGACAAAAUAAAGGAUAUAGAAUGCUUUUGAAUACAGGAUGGGAUGAAGAAGCUGGCCUUGGACCUUCUGGGAAAGGAAUAAAAUAUCCAAUUAAAACAUGCUUGAAAAUAGAUCGCAAAGGAUUAGGACAAUUAGAAAAUGAAUAUAAAGUCACUCAUUUUAAGCCGGGUGAUGCAACUGCCAUUAAUAGCAUUAAAAUACCCAAGCAAAAAACAUUGAAAAAGCGAGACAGGGAAAGACUACUUCACAGAGAAGCUAGGAAAGAAAGAGCUCUGCGUAUUAUGGCGAAUGGACAUCAAAGAUUACUGGAGCAUUUAGAAAAAGUUGAAAACAAAGCUGGUGAAAUUCUGACUGAUCGCGAAGAAAUAGUCGCUCUGGAUAAAAGAAGAAAUGAUGAUCGCGUUGGAAUGAGGGCACUACAAAAACAACGUCAGGAAAAAACUUGGAUAACAGUCGGCCCUUUGUUAUUAAAAAUGCCAUCUAAUGCAGCUGAAGAACUGCUUGAAAAAGAUCAAAGAGAGUGUAGUACUGUAAUUAAUAAGCUAAGAAGCGACUUGAAGGUAAAAGUAAAUGAGUUACGAGACUUAGAGUUGGCUCCGCCAGUACCUGGAUUAAUGUUGGAACCUAUGUCCCAUAAAGAAAUGGAUGCAAUGGGACAAGUUCUAGGUAGAAGUGUGUGAUAUGCAAUAAAAUUUUAAUUUCAUUUGAUUCUACCAAUAAAGAUCAGAAUACAUAUAUGAGCUUAUAAACGUAAAUUAAAUCAAAAACUUUUGUAUAAAAUGCAAAAUAUUCAUUAAUGUAUUAAGCAAUCUGAAAAGUUAUC